AUGCCGCGUUUCUUCUGUGAUUACUGCCACUCGUACCUUACACAUGACACUCCGAGCGUUCGGAAAAGCCAUCUGCUGGGCAAGAACCAUGUUCGACUCGCAGGUGACUACUACUGCAACAAGGCUCGACAGUUGGAACAAGACUGGCUGCCGCGAACCCGAACUCCCGGACGAGAAAGAAGACGCGGGCCAAAAGUCGACAGAUCGCCAAAGGACCCUCAAAAGGCACCCCAGUCUAGAAAGUUCACACUCCAUUGUGGCACCAAUCGCCAGAACAGGGCUGCUCAUCAAUCCAGGGCCUUCCAAGCAGAAGAGCUCGAAGCUGGGGCCCAGGUAUUGGAAAAAUUGUAUGCGAAAUCGCCAGGAUACGCCAAAGUCUUCAAACCAGAGUGUCGUCUCGAUACAGGCGAGUCCGUACAAAUGGAUAAACUGCCCCAGAGAGCCAAUCGUCGGGCAUUCAACGGUGCUAGCGAUGUUGGUACUGGCACCAAUGGGACCGGUAGCAAGACAUCUGCCCACACCCUUCGCUCUCGCAUUUUCACACCCGAUUACACCUCGUCACGAAGUCUGGCGUUGCUUCCACCACCACCGUCUUUGUCACAAUGGCCUUCGUGUCCACCGUUGCUGUUGGCAAGCGACAGAGCCGUUACGACCACUUUGCGUGACGUGACCCGAAAACUUGAGCGUCGCUGA